AUGGAUGAUUCACCGUUUAAUGACAUAUUUAAUGGGGGUUUUGAUGAAAAUUAUGAUAAUGUAAUGAACCGCAUUGUAGACCACAUUAAUUAUCCUAGUUGUGAAGGUAGUGGUGCCUCAUUUUCUGGUGCUGGAGAUGACGGUGAUGGAAACGACGCUGACGACAAUAAUGAUGAUGGUGAUGAUGACGGUGAUGAUGACAUCAUAAAACCAGUAGAUCCACAAUUUACGAGCACACCAAGAGAAAUUGCUAUGAAUCCAAGAUUUAUGCCAUAUUUCAAGAAUUGUGUCGGUGCAAUUGAUGGAACACAUGUUCGUGCCUGCAUGCCAUCUGAAAAUCAAAUUCUAUUUAUUGGAAGAAAAGGUGUACCAACACAAAAUAUCAUGGCCGCUUAUAGUUUCGACAUGCAAUUCAUGUUCGUGUGGGCAGGAUGGGAAGACAAUGCACACGAUACGUAUAUUUUUCUUGAGGCUAUUGACAAUAGAAAAUACUAUUUGGUUGAUGCUGGAUAUCCAAACGAGUAUGGGUAUUUGGGUCCCUACAAAGGCGAGAGGUAUCACUUUCAAGAAUUUAGGCAUCGUGGACAACCAAGUGGUCGGAAAGAAGUGUUUAAUCGUGCACACUCAUCACUACGUAAUGUGAUCGAACGUUCUUUUAGGGUAUGGAAACAGAGGUGGAAAAUUUUGCAAAACAUGUCUGCUUAUCCAUACAAAACACAAGUUGAAAUUGUAGUUGCAUCAAUGGCACUACAUAACUAUAUUAGAAGAAGAUCGCAAGAUGAUGCGAUUUUUUCUGAGUAUGAUCGCAAUCCCAAUUUAAUUCCAGAUGACUUUUUACCUGAUAUUGUUCAUCGCUCAGCCAUUCAAGGAUCACAGAGGCCUUCACGUAUGGAUUUUGUACGUGAUGGAAUUGCAAAUAGUUUGAUGGAACAAUAA